CAUAUUUUGAGCACAAUAUUUAAGGGGUUUGGAUACUUGGUCAUCACUCAAGGUCACCAGAAUCAUCUGGUCACUCUGUGUUGCAAGAUCAGUUUUCAUUAAAUCAAAUACCAUCAGUUGGCGGGAUAUGAAGUUUAAUAUUUGUUUUGUUUUGGGUGGACCGGGUGCUGGGAAAGGUACAGUAUGCCAGCAAAUUGUGAAGGAAUAUGGAUUUGUACAUUUAUCUGCUGGUGAAUUACUUCGACAAGCUCGCGAUUCACCAGGUUCUGAAUUUGCUAGUGAAAUACAAGAACACAUGAAAAAUGGGACAAUCGUACCGGCUGAAAUUACCUGUGGCUUAUUAUAUCAAGCAAUGCGAAAAAAUUCUGAAAAUGCUAAUUGUACAAAUUUUCUUGUGGAUGGUUUUCCACGUAAUGAUGAAAAUCGUUUGUGUUGGGAAAAAGAUUUAGGCCCUCAUACAAUAUUAAAAAAUGUCAUUGUUUUAGAUUGUCCAGACGAUGUAUGUAUCCAACGUUGCCUUGGACGAAAGUCAAAUCGAGUGGACGAUAAUGAAGAAACAUUAAAGCAUCGGUAAUUCUCUCAUGAUAGGCAUAUUCUGUUAUGAUGUUACGUGGUUUCAGGUAGCCGACUGUAAAACUUACUGGAAGUGACUCAAGGAAAAACUGCCUAAGUCCCUUUACAUACAACCGUUUUGUGAGUUGUUCAUGAUUUGUGUUAACUGAAUAAUUCAUUAACCCUUAUCAUUGGCGACGAGAAUCCAUAGGGCAAAGUGAUGUACGCCAUUUUCAAGGCUUAGUUUUCUAACCUCUUUCCGUUGUUGUAAGACGAAAUUGCUGCAAAUGCUGAUUGCUUGUGGGAAACAUCUUGAGGCCGUCUCAAUCCAGUGUAGUAUGAUUUACCCUUGAACCAUAGUUUCUUUCAACUAAACGACUUUUUCAUUCCUUACUAGUCGUUUCAUGGAUGUUAAUAAAUUAUAACUUAAUAUGUUUUUUUAUUCCAAUGAUUGAUGAACAUUCCAGUAUAAAACAAUUCAAAGAACAAUGUAUGCCAAUUAUUCAAUUCUAUGAGGCACAAAAUUUGGUGACCAGAAUUAAUGCAAAUAAGUCUAUACCUGAGGUAAUAUUUUAUCAUACGAUUUUCUGACUAUUUUGUGUUAACAAAUUAGUGAAUGUGUAGUUAUAGUAAGCGUUCAAUCAUAUUAUUUUGUUGUACAUAUUGAAGCCCAAAUAUUCUGUUAUUUCGAGUAUUCUAAACCGAGUCAAAUCACAUAUUCUCCGAGAGUAGCGCCAAGUUUAUUAUAUGGUCGACUACACGCAAUGAUUUGAUGGGAGACAAAUUUCGGAAGUUUAGUAUUCUAGUCUGUUAAUCUCAUUGUAAUUGUCAAAUUUAUCGACAGAUCCCAUUCUCAGAAUAUUUCUUAUGGUAAGUGAACAGAGGUAACUGGCCGGACCGUUUCAUAUAAUAGUGCAUCCCUCUACCAUAAUGGCCCGAGUAUUCAUCCAACCUGGAUAGAUUAUCCAAAAAACUACAUUCGACCUUAUUUAUUUUCCGUACAAACUACACACAUACAAUUCCAACGACACUACUUCAUGUAACAAAUUACAUAUUUUUCAUACCCACCAUCACACAUACAAAUAAACAUAGUUGUCUCAUACAAAAUGACCUUGACCACAACUAACGUGAAAUUGACAUGUUCAGACCUAUUAUGGUCACAAUUGAUUGAUCACGGGGUGGUGAUCAAUGUCAUGUGUGCCAAUUCCUUCUUAGUGCAGAUCGAAUGCUAUCGACUAAGUUGCAAUGUGGCCACCAGUCUAGUUGGCUCGACACUUCAUGCGCUAUGUUGAGACUAGAUGGUUGGAGGUAGUCGACAGGAAACCCUGGACCCAGGGUUUCAUGCUACUUGGCACUCGUCAGCAAGAUGAACCUGUAAUCUUGAGGGAACCGGUUCACCUGACGGAUUCGAUCACGUGUCACCCAGCUUCACAGUCAGAGACGUUACCACUGAGCUAUCCGGGCUGCGACCAACCCCCUGUAGGACUGAGAUGUAGUCACAAUUAAUCAAGUCACGAAACAUAAGGAAUACAAUUUUAUACUCAUUGGGAUAUCACAAAAAAUAAUUAUUCGACUAUAUUAAUUAUAAGUUUAGGGGUUGUGGAGAUUGUUAAAUUUUUGAUUGAGAUCAUGAAUCGAUUGAUGUUAGACCACUUUUGAAAACCUAGAAGCACUGGACGGCCGUUUCGUCCUAUUGUGCGCACCCACGAUCCCGCUCGCGGGAUUCGAACUCAGGGCUUUCAGUCUCGCGCGCGAACACUUAACCUACUGGACCACUGAGCUGGCAUCCAAUGUUGUUAAUGUCUAACACCAACCAAUCCUCGAAUUAUAGUAAUGUAUUUAGUUGUGAAGUCUAAAUAUUCAGUGAGUGUACUUUGUAGACCUCUGCUAUGACGGAAAAUCGAUAACGUAACUGAGCUUUAGUGUACAAAUGUUAGGUAAAUCGAUCGACGAGUUCGUGUCUUUAUCGGUUGAGGUGAUUGAAACAUGUAACCAAAAAUCCCUGCCUCGAUGGGCAAUAUUGUCUGGAAUAGAACUAGGUAUAAUCAAACGGAGAUAUAGUAUCAUUCCAUAAGAAUGAUCAUCAACUGUUAUUCUGGGUAGUGUUUGCUGUUGCAGACUACCUGGUUAGGCACACUCAAUGGUUGUAGAUAUUAGGCAACAUGAUUCAAAAUCGGCUAAAAUGCCUCGGACCUAUCCACACUUUACCCCUCCUAAAUAUUAAGCUUCUUUAUUAUUUAAAAUCUUUUAAUUCUUCAAAUCCAUUCCUUCUUUUCGAACUGCAUUCUAUAAUGUUUAAUCAUUCUCACUAUUAUUGAUACUGCUACUUGUUUAUUAUUCGUCCUGUUAACUUUUUUUUGUGCUGAUGUGGUACAGUGAGUUGACCUAAUACAUUUAUAUCAAGAUCUGUGUUGGUCACGAUUAACUGGAAUUUCCUGUCCACCCAUAAUUAACUGGUGAAAUUUACGAAUAAUGCAGAAGCGGAAAGGUUUCCGUAUAACAUCGUGUACUUCAAACAUUCGAUUACUAAAAUUUAUUUAAAUAAUUUUAUGAUUUCAAUAAAGCUUAAAGCCUAAAUCUCUUUGAGAAACUCUAAUCAUCUGAAUUAUUAUUAUGGGUAUAAAAAAUAGUUGGAAUGAACACGUCAGCAUGUUUUAUUCAUAAAUUGAGAGUGAAGUACGCUUCAGUUAUUUAAUCAAAUGAAUCGUAUUACGAUUAUGGUUAGAUUGAUAACAUUCGACAAGAUUUAUCAAUCAGAACCCGGAUGGUAAUUCUGUACCUCAAGUAAUACUUAUUUCGUACAUGAACUAUUAAAAGGUAAGGGUGGCCGAAGAUAAUAAUAGAGAACACAAUGUGAAAAACAUGCUGGAUAAUUUAUUUAUUUAAACACAUAAACAUCGGUACAAGAAGGCACCGAACACAUAUGCGCCACAUAAAUCAUUCGAAUUGUGUGUGAGCUGUGAUACUGCCCGGGUGCCCAAACUAAAGUAGGUGGUUAUCUUAAGAGGCCACACCCGGAGUCUUCGGCCUAAAGAUCUGAUCCACAAGGUAGUAGAGCAACUUCAGGAGAUGCAGUCCCAUGGUAGCCGGUGACCAACAGUGGGCUCAUACGCCAUUUGUUCCUUCAGGAUACUGGGGCCCAUGUGCACCAUUGGUUUGGAAUCAGGGUUUCCCAACUCCCCUAGAUGAACUCUACAUAUCCACCGACCCGGGUAAAGCGCCGGACAUCCGCUUUUCGUCCUUUCAUUUUCGUAAACACCCUCGCCGCGAGAAGGUAGUGAGUAGGACUUCACUGGCAGUGAUUGUAUGCACGCUGGAUAAUGGAUUAGAAUAAGCCCCUUAUUAAACUACCUUUAUAUUGGAUUAGACUGGAAACUAAGAUACUGUCCUGUCCUUGUCGGCUUUCUAUAUACGGAACGUUUGAUGGAUAUUAUUAAUAAUAGUUAUUAUAUUAUUGGUGCAACAGUAUUCUCAGCACAAAGUAAUUCUUGAUCAACCCUGACGAUAAAUACUGAGUGACCACCAAUUAGAUGUUAGCAGUUCAGGAAUCGACAUCUGAAUAUUGUACAUUAUUUUCGUUGCAUAUUGCCAGCAACCACGAUGUCUCUGAUUGGGUUUUUUGUAACCUGCACAGCGAAAAGUUGUGAACUUUUCAUAAACGCACAAAAACAUAACUUUUUGAAAUAUUUAGAUGUCAAGAACAGGUAGCCCAGAUGUUCAAGCAGGUCUUAUACACAUAACUACACCAUAAGUGAUAGAAAAACUAAGCGACCGGUUUUGUUUUUCGCCGAACAUGUUUUUUUCAAUAAUAUAGAAUACAAUGUUUCUUUGUAUUUCAACAAAUAUUGUUACGAAUAUAGAACGUCUUUACAGAAUGUUUCUUUUUCACAGGUAUAUGAACAGGUUCGACAAAUGAUGAAAACCUUGAAUAUCAUCAGUUGCAAAUGAAAAACAGAAAAAAACCCUUAAUUCAACUUUCGUAUUUGUAUUUUACAAAUUAAUGCUAGUUGUAUUUGCUAUGACUUAUUCCCCUCUCUCUCUCUCUCCUUUAUUAAUAAAAAAGACAAUGUUGUUGCAUAAUGAUCAUUAUUUUAUAGUUGAUUCGAUAUAAACAAACACACCAUGCACUGAUUGUUUCUUAUUAUCGACUCCUAGAAAAUCAUAUAAGUCAAGAUUAUUUUUCAUUGGGAAGAAAUUUAUUUAAGUAACAGAACUAUGCGAAAAUGAAGUAUCGGUGUAAAAUUAAAAUUAUUAAUUUCAAAUAUUUCUAUUUGAAUACAAAGAAAUGAUUCAACUUUGUCAGUUAUAACAGAAUCUAUUUUUUUGUUUUGCAGAAAGAGAUGCGAUUUUCUUGUCUUUAUAUUCUUUGAUAAUCAUGUCAUAACGUGUAAUAAUAAUAAUAAAAUAUAUUGCCCAA